UGUGAUUUGACAAAUGACAAUCUCGAUUACCAAAACAUAACCUCUCCCAUCAAAAACAAAUAUGAACAAAACAAAUUAAAGAUGAAGCUAAUACAACUAUUCCGUCGUCUAAAACUCAUGCCUUGCGUACAAAUAAGAAAUUUGUCCGACAAAUAUCAACCAAAAGCGUUGCGUAGUUUAAAACCAAAGUCUACGCGGAACACAGUGCAGUUUUACGUAGAUUCGUGUAGAGUUAGAGCUGUGGCUGGUAAGGGAGGCGAUGGGUGUAUUUCCUUCUUGAGUGUGUGGUGUAAGGACCAUGCAGGACCUGAUGGUGGAGACGGGGGGCAUGGCGGACAUGUUAUAUUUCAAGCGACGCACUCCAAAAAGAGUUUGAACCAUUGUCACACGGUGAUCAAAGCGAAGGAUGGAGAGAGGGGCUUCAAUAAGGACUGUCACGGGAAGAAUGCUAAACAUGUUGUUGUUGAUGUGCCGUUAGGAACAAUAAUAAAAGACGCAUAUGGUCGAGUUGUAGGUGACCUACAGACAGAGGGUGCGAUGUUCGUAGCGGCCCGAGGGGGGGCUGGGGGGAGGGGGAAUCGGUUCUUCCUUACUGAUACUGAACAGGCGCCAAGUGUAGCGGAAUUUGGGGCCCCAGGGGAAACGAAUCAAUACUCGCUCGAAGUGCGAUCUAUGGCCCAUAUAGGGCUGCUAGGGGCCCCGAAUGCAGGGAAAAGCACAUUAUUAAGAGCCCUAACUAGGGCCCGUCCCACUGUGGCCCCGUACCCGUUUACUACACUCAGACCACAUAUAGGUAUGAUCCCAUACGACGACUACGAGCAAGUGGCGAUCGCGGAUCUGCCCGGACUCAUACCGGGAUCACAUAAGAAUCAUGGAUUAGGUAUACAGUUCCUUCAACACGUGGAAAGAUGCAAAGGCCUUAUAUUUCUUCUAGACGGAGCAAAUGAUCCAAUUUCACAAUAUGAAACAUUAAAUUAUGAAUUAGAACAAUAUAAUAAGGAAUUAACGAAACGACAACGCUGUGUUGCCCUCAACAAAAUCGAUCUCCCCGAAGUUAGGGAGAUUCUCCCGAAAAUUCGGGAAAUUGUAGACGUAAUAGGUAUUUCGGCGAAAACUGGGGUGAAUUUGGAUGAAUUGUUAAGAGUUGUUAGGAAAAUGUAUGACGAAGAUAUGUAAAUAGUUGGUUAAGAAAUAAAUUAUAGUUGAUUA